AUGGAGGCUUCCGAGAUGACAAUGAUGGAGAGCCGACCGGGAGUUUUUGUCGUCGGAUCCUCCGGCGUUGGCAAGCACACCCUCCUCUCUCGAUUGCUCUCAGUCGAUUUUGAGGAUUCAUCGGAGUCAUCAGCUCAAACAGAAGUUCAUGGCUGGACGAUUAACACUAAGUAUUACACUGCGGAUGUUUCUGUAUGGAUAUCACAUAUCUGCGAUGGCUACUCUCUGCCCAAGCUCCCUCGCUCCUAUCCAUUGGUGGCGCUGGUUAUGGUCUUGGACUUGAGUGAGCUGUCAACUCUUGCUGCUCUUCAAGACUGGGUUUCUCAUACUGACAUCAACAGUUUUGAUAUCUUGUUGUGCAUUGGGAACAAAGUAGAUCUUAUCCCUCACCACCUAGCUCAUGAUGAAUACAGAAGACGUCUUUUGAAGGCAACAGACUCCUCUGGAAAUCUGUAUUCAGAGUUUGGGAUCUCCGUAACUGAAGGAAGUAGUCUUUUGGGAAGCGAAGAAGAUUCAUCACUGGAUAUCCGGGGAGCAUGUCUUGAGUGGUGCUGCGAGAACAACAUCGAGUUCAUUGAGGCUUGUGCAUCUAAUCCUGAUUUUGAUAAGUGUUUAUCAGCUGAUGGGGAUUCUCAAGGGGUUGAACGUCUAUUUGGGGCUCUUUCAGCACAUAUGUGGCCUGGAAUGAUUCUGAAAUCAGGAGAUAAGAUACAUGAGCCCGUGUUACCUCUUGUCGAAGAGUUGUCAGAAGAAGAAUCUGAAUACGAAUUGGAGUAUGAAGUGCUAUCACCAGGUUCCGCUGAUCCAUGGGAAAACAUGGAUGAAAGAUGGGUUUCUGCAAGUGAAACCCAUUCAUACGCAGAUGCUGGCGGAUCCACUUCACAGGAAAAUAAUAUGGUGAAACCAAAGAAAGUUGUGGAUGAAGAGCCAAGGCCUUCAGGGACAAUGAUAGAGCCUCUGAAUGAGACUGGCAGAACAAGAGCUGUAGUAACAGAUGAAAAACCUUUGGACAUAGAAAACGACAAAUCUUAUGAGUUUGGAGACGUGGAGCAGUUGAUGUCCGAGAUAGGGAACAUCCGUGACAACUUGCGAUUGAUGCCUGAUUUCCAGAGGAGGGAAAUAGCGGCAAAUCUAGCAAUGAAAAUGGCUUCCAUGUUUGGAGGUGACAGUGAUGACGAGGAAGAACCCGAGUGA